AUGAAGUUCACUGCUGUCCUCGCUGCCGCCGCCGCCGCCGCCGCCGCCCUUGUUGGAUCCGUCAAUGCCACGACCUGCACCAGUACCCAGCAGACCGCCGCCUAUGUCGCGCUCGUGAGCCUUCUCAGCAAGUCGUACUUCACGCAGUGCUCAAGUGACUCGGGCUACUCCAUGCUCACGGCCACAGCGCUACCCAACACCGCGCAGUACAAGAUCAUGUGCGCGUCGACUGCGUGCCAGGAGAUGAUCACGGAGAUCAUCUCGCUGAACCCGCCUGACUGCGACCUGACCGUGCCGACCAGCGGUCUCGUGCUGGACGUUUACACGUACGCUAACGGCUUCGCGUCGACGUGCGCAUCGCUGUCC